AUGGGAAAUCGAUGUUGCACGGGAAGAGAUUUACUUUAUAAAAGCAAGCUUCAAGAGCUUGGAAUUGAGGGAUCGAAAACAAUAAGAAAAUUGUUAUCUUUUACAAACAAUGACAUUAUACGAUUCGAUAAAGCAUAUGACGAAAAUGAUGUGCAGGAAUUUGUGAAUUUGUGUUCUUCAACUUGCGAGAUUGAAAAGUUAGAGGAUAGAAUGCACCCAUGGGCUGCUGACCCCAAAACGAUAGGUGCGUUAUCAGCAACUCAAUUGGCAAUAUUGGCUAGCAAAGAAAAUGAGCCACAUUAUAAAGACGCAAUUCGUGAAUCUAACGGAAUUCCAGUUUUUAUAAACUUAUUAAAAUCACAUGAAUUAGAUAGAGUACAUGCAGCGGUUGUAGCUUUAUCGUUUUUAUCAGUUGAUAAUGUGAAAAACUGUAUAUGUAUGUUUGAGAAUGGAGCAUUACCAUAUUUGAUAACAGGAAUGAAAUCUAACAUAGAUGGAAUGAAAGCAGCUUGCGCUCAAACAUGUAGAAAUAUAUUUGUAUUAGAUAAAAAUUACAAGAAGGAAUUUCUAAAAUUGGGAGGAAUAACUCAAUUAGUCAAUUUAUUAGAAUUAUCAUCUACUGAUGAUAGCCAACCUUUAUAUACCCAGUUGGAAGCUAUUUAUCACUUGGAAGACUUUAUAUUGAAUGAUGGGGAUGAAGUUCCUCAGUUUUUAGAGGCAGUAAAGAAAUCCAAUGCCAUUAAAAAUUUAAAAGCUCUCCAACAGUGCCCUGAACAAGAUCUAGCUGAAGCUUCAAACGUUUUACUUUUAAGAUUGACCGAUUAA